AUGAUGAAAGCAGGACACGCUCCGGAGUUGUCGGCCGCUUCCACGUCAGAGCCCUCCGACCUCAGUUGUGACGUCUGCCACAAGCGCUACAUUCGCCAGUGCGAUCUCAACAAGCACUACAAGACCCACAGUCGCCCCUUCAAGUGCCCUAUUCUGGGCUGCAAGUUCCAGGAACGAGGAUGGCCUACGGAAAAAGAACUUAUUCGCCAUCAGAACGACAAGCAUUCUGCGUCCCCUCAAGUCUUCCGUUGCACCUUCCAGCCUUGCGAUUACACCUCCAAGAGGGAAAGCAACUGCAAGCAGCACAUGGAGAAGAAUCACGGCUGGCAAUACGUCCGAAGCCGCCCACCACGUCAGAGCCUGUCCUCGGGCGCCAACACCUCCGGAUGUCUAGAGCCCCAAGAGCAAGGAGAUAGAUCACCGCACGGACAUGCCGGAGAGGACGGCGAGACCCAACAGUCAGACCCUCCGGUUUUCCCGUGGGCCUAUCAGCCUCAUCCACCGCCGCUGGAUCCGGAGCUCCUCGACCCCGGGCUUGCCGCCAACAAUCAAGAAACCAGCCAUGAUCUUCCCCUGGACGCACCUUCAGAUGCGCGGGAACCCCAAUAUGACCUGGAAACUUUUGAUUACACCGACAAGGAGUCAAAUAUCUUCCUCCCUUGGGACUCUCCGCCGACGAAGCUCAAGAAAAUGGAGACUGUUUUGGCACAGUUGCCUCCCAGUCUUUUCACGGCCACUACCGCUGCCUGGCCUGCCCCGCUGGACAAUGCAUCUGGUGAUGCUGAGAUUUUGUUGUCACCAGCCAUAAAAGUUGCUCACAGCCCAAUCCCGGAUUUCAUGCCGUUACCGCCACUUGAUGCCCCCUGUCCAGACAUUCAAGGUCAAAGGGAUUAUUCAGAUGAUCGACGAGCUGCUCUUGGGCAAACCAGCGCCGAGAACAAGGCAAAACCCGAACAUGGACACCGCCACAAACGCAGCGUCGAUUAUAUGUCAACCGUCGCAGGCCGUGCAACUGGCAGCCAUGAUGGCGCAUAUGGAAACGAUGAUGCGGAUGGAGACCUGGACAGCAAUCAAGACGACGACGCUGAAGGGGACGACGAUGAAGACGGUGACGACGAGCCACCUCCGAGGAAAAAGCCAAGAGCAUCCCUCGAGGACGGCUUCGAUGACGCGGCGAUGGAAUCGACUAGGCGUCACUUCAAACGGGCAGCUCAUCGGCUCACGGUCGAAGACCUGUACAUCUCGUCCUUCGAUGUCACUUAUGAGGCCGGAAUCCGGCACCCGGCCGCCGGCCUUUGUCGGAAGUGCUGGAGGGCUUAUACGGACCGCGCAGCGUUCAACCGGCAUAUCAACGAGCCCGGAUGCCCCCGAGUGUCGCGGAGGGAGGACGCCCAGGCAAGCAGCCAUCAGCCGCGCCUCGGGGAGCCGGUGGCAUGGCCUGCCGAGGGGGCCCCAGGCCCAAAGCGACAGGACUCUGGCAUGUCGGACAAGGAAAGCCUGGUCGGCGGCAUGACGUCGCAGUCGACCGAUGUGGACCGCGACGGCCUGAUCCCCGAGGUCAACAGGACCCUUAGCACCGCCUCGUCAGACACGGACCGGUCGGCCAUCCGGCACGUGCCGCACGCCGAGAGCCAGGACCUCCACGCGGUCAAGCCACAGGCAUCGAGGUCCGUGAACGAGCCCCCCGGCAUCGCGCACAGCCGCUCCAUCACCGACUCGGGCUUCGUGAGCGACGGACACGGCGGCGACGUCAGCGGCGUGGCAUCUGUGCCCCUCGGUGCCGGCGGCCACGUGGACGCGUCGUCCUCGGCCAGGAUGGGAGACGAGGCGGCGGCGAGCUCGUCGAGUCAGCUCGACGGCCACAGAUCCCAGUCUCAACUGUCGUUUGGGCAGGCGAGGGAGAGCAUACCGAGUGAAUUCUUUGUGGAUGCAAUAUCCGCAUACGAGGAGGGUUAUGAAGAAUCCAGGGGGCAAUGGCCAUGA